CGAAAGAUAGUCCUUUCCUGCAUAACCAUAAUUAAAGUGAAAUUUUCUACAUUGAAUGAUUGAUCCCCAUAUAGUGGUCACCUUUAAAGAUGAGCUCAUAUUAUCCUUAGAAAACAAUGGCUGAAUCCGGAUUGAGCAAGAAGAAACUGGAAGGAAAGGUAGUGAUAGUCACCAGAGGCGCAAGUGGAAUUGGAGAGGCAGCCGAGCGAGUUUUUGCGAAUCAUGGUGCACGAAUGGUGGUGAUUGCUGAUAUCCAAGAAGAAUUAGGCCAAAGGGUAGCCGAAUCCAUUGGAUUAGAGCGUGCCAGCUACAUCCACUAUGAUGUUAUUGUUGAAGAGCAAGUCAAAGCCAUGGUGGAAUCGACGGUCCAAAAUCACAGGCAGCUCGACAUCAUGUUGAGUAAUGCCGGGGUUGUAAAUAGGUCUGAGCAGACAAUUGUUGACCUCGAUUUUUCAGACUUCGACUGCCUGUUUGCAAUCAACGUUCGAGGCAUGGCGGCUUGUAUAAAGCAUGCGGCGCGUGCGAUGGUUGCAGGGCACGUGAGGGGGAGCAUUGUGUGCACGGCGAGUGUGGUCUCCAGUUGUGGUUAUGACAGGUGCACUGAUUACGUCAUGUCAAAGCACGCGGUGGUUGGGUUGGUUCGAUUAGCAAGCGCGCAGCUUGGGGUGCAUGGGAUCAGGGUGAACUGCGUAUCACCGUCUAUAAUGGCCACGCCAAUGACAUGCCGUGCGUUUGGGAUGGAUGCUAAGCAAUUGGAAGAAACUUUCGAGCCGCUCAUUCAUUUGAAAGGGGUUGUAUUGAAGACAAGUCAUGUAGUCGAUGCACUGCUUUUUCUUGCAUCUAAUGAUUCUGGGUUCGUCUCCGGGCAUAACCUUGUGGUGUCAUAG